AUGAACUUUCUGUUAAGAAAUCUCCCAGUAGGGACAAGUUUCUCAAGUUCGCAAGUUUCAAGAAAAGCGUGCCUUCCAAACGUGGCAGAGGUCCAACCAGGUCGCGGGCACGCCGCCUGCAGGGCGGUGCCUCCCCCCCUUCGCAGGCAGGCAGGCAGGCCCGCCCCGCCCCUCUCCACCAGGGCCCCUUUCUCCCGAGGGCACCCGCACGGGCCUUUAAAAACACGCGAAAAGGCGAGAGUUGCCCGGGGCCGCGCUUCCCCGCCGCAGCCCGACGCCGGGGCCCAGCCCAGAGCAGCGGCCCCGCGCCGGCCGGGCCUCCGCUGCGGGGGGGGGCCGGCAGGACUCCUGGAGGAAGGCCAGGGAGGCGGCUGGGGGCUUCCCGCCGCCGCCGCCGCCACGCCGCCUCAGCACGGGGGACGAGCACGCGCGGGAACCCUCCCCCACUGCGGCCAUUACAGGCCGCCCCCUCCCGCUGAAGCCCCCACGGCAACGGCGAGCACCCACCUGCCCCGCACCGCCGGCCAGCCGACGGAGGCGCCGGUGCUCUCCAUAACUCAUCCGGCGGGAAACAGUCCCGCUGAGUGGCGCUCUGCGAUUUUAGCGUGGCAGAGGACAGCGGUGCAUGUGACUUACGGCGCCUCGAUCCUUGUUUCCGCCCGGGAAGUUGUGGCGUUGGCACCGGUAGGAAGCGGAGCCGCCGCUGAGGCCCGACGCCGUUUCUAUGGCGACCAGCGGCGCUCCAGAGCUGUGCGGCUGCCGCCGGGAAAAUGUGUCCCUCCCUAUGCAAAAAUAGCCGUUAAAAAUAUUGAAGGGAAGCAAAGCCCUAGACAACUUCUAUUUGCCCAUUACAUUUGCCUGCAAUCAGCAAUGGAAUCAAGAAGGUCAAGACUUCAAGAUUGUUCUACACAUCAAACAAAAUCUGUUCAGAGCUGUGAUGGAGCAUCAGACAUAGACAGCCAGAAAUCAAGCAGUACAGACAAUUUCUGUCUUAUAUCACCAUCCAAGAGAAACAGAGCUGAAAAUGUUCCCAUAGGUCAACUAAGCUGCUGGAGGAGUGCUCUGAAAAGCUGAAUCUGAACAUGGCUGCACGAUGAGUGUUCUUGGCAGACGGCACUGAAACGCUAGAACCUAAAGACGUACCCCAUGAUGCCGACGUUUAUAUUUCAACUGGAGAGACCUUUUUAUAUCCAUUCAAAAAAA